GCGCGCCGGGUGGGAACGUAAGAUGGCGGAGUAGCUAGGCGAAGCGGUUGGUACUGAAUCUCUGGGCUGACUUCGGUUGGGGUCUCGGCAGCAGCAGUGAUCGCUGAGCAGACAGCCUAGGGUACUUGGCCAAGAUGCCAAAUAUCAAAAUCUUUAGCGGCAGCUCCCAUCAGGACUUGUCACAGAAAAUUGCUGAUCGCCUGGGCCUGGAGCUAGGCAAGGUGGUGACUAAGAAAUUCAGCAACCAGGAGACCUGUGUUGAAAUUGGUGAAAGUGUACGCGGAGAGGAUGUCUACAUUGUUCAGAGUGGCUGUGGCGAAAUUAACGACAACCUAAUGGAGCUUUUGAUCAUGAUUAAUGCCUGUAAGAUUGCUUCAGCUAGCCGGGUUACUGCAGUCAUCCCAUGCUUUCCUUAUGCCCGGCAGGAUAAGAAGGAUAAGAGCCGGGCUCCAAUCUCAGCCAAGCUUGUUGCAAAUAUGCUCUCCGUAGCAGGUGCAGAUCAUAUUAUCACCAUGGACCUACAUGCUUCUCAAAUUCAGGGCUUUUUUGAUAUCCCUGUGGACAAUUUGUAUGCAGAACCAGCUGUCCUGAAGUGGAUAAAGGAGAACAUCUCUGAGUGGAGGAACUGCACUAUUGUCUCACCUGAUGCUGGAGGAGCUAAGAGAGUUACCUCUAUUGCAGACCGGUUGAAUGUUGACUUUGCCUUGAUUCACAAAGAACGGAAGAAGGCCAAUGAAGUGGACCGCAUGGUGCUGGUGGGAGAUGUGAAGGAUCGUGUGGCCAUUCUAGUGGAUGACAUGGCUGACACUUGUGGCACAAUCUGCCAUGCAGCUGACAAACUUCUUUCAGCUGGAGCCACCAGAGUUUAUGCUAUCUUGACUCAUGGGAUUUUUUCUGGCCCAGCCAUUUCUCGCAUCAACAAUGCAUGCUUUGAAGCAGUAGUAGUCACCAAUACCAUACCUCAAGAGGAUAAGAUGAAGCAUUGCUCCAAAAUACAGAUUCCUUUGCUCCAUCCAAGACCUACAAAACCAGAGGUACUGGGACCACUACUUUCAAGUAAUUACGCAAGUGAUCGACAUCUCCAUGAUCCUUGCAGAAGCCAUCAGGAGAACUCACAAUGGGGAAUCUGUUUCCUACCUGUUUAGCCAUGUCCCUUUAUAAUAGAAUAACUUCUGAGGCUUUUAAAAAAUAAAGUGAACCCCGACCCUUGUUUUCCCUUGGUGUUCAAUGAAAAAUUCAGCAGAAGACCCAACUUGCUCCAGUAGCCAUCUAUAUCUCAUGCCAGGUAUAUUAAUGUUUCUCCAAAAUUAGAGAAAGACAGAUGAAGACGAACUGCUUGGAUUUCCUACCUGCAUUGUCUCAUUCUGGCUGCUUCGAUUUUGUGAGCCUUGCAGCUUUCACUAUCGCUCAGCUGCUGCAGAAUUUCAGACUUUUAAGGGUGUUGCGUGGGGGUGUUUAUGUGAUUGGGGAGGCUCAGACUACUUUCAUGUGAAUGCUUCAGGGUUUCCUUGGUUCAGAACUACUAGCAAAGCCAGCCCAAUCCCCCACCCCUGUAACAUGUGACAUGUUUUCUAAGGUCUAUACUAAAGUAUAAUAAGAGCCCUAGACAGGCCAGAAUCCAGCUCUCAGGUGGGGGCCUGAGGGCAGGCAGCGCACAACUCAGCAGAUGCUUCUUGGGAGGAAGAAAGCUUGAUACAUCACCCUCUGCUAGGGAACUGUUGCUUAGUCUCUUUUUGUACCUGUUCCUUUUUCAUUUGGUUUGACCAAUCAUCUUGAACUUUUCCUGGCCAAAUACCUUCUUGGGCCCAAAUCAUCAUCAUACCAUAGUCUUCUGGAAUGCAAACCUCACUUUUUGCUAUGUAUUGUUUAACAUUUACAUGAGAUUAUUUUGCUGUGGCUUAAUCCUCCUUAGCUUACUUCCACCAUGGCAGAGGGUUCUAGGUGGUGGUGUAAUACCUUUUAAUUAAUUUAAGUAUUUAAUUUUUACCUUCUUCCCUUGGAUCUUUUGGCCUCUCAAAUGACUUGAGCUUUCUGUUAAAAAGAUUGAUGUUACUAGCUCUUGUAGAGGAAACUAAUAAAAGUAUCUGUGUGUGUGAUUGUGGGUUUAUAUCAUAUCUGUACUGCUUUCUCUGCCAAAGGUUUGGUUUAAGUGCCUUGCUGCCCAAUGGUAGUUCUUACUCUUUGUUUCUAAGUUAUUAGCUGCAUUGUUAAGCCAAGAGGAAACAUUGGCAACAGUUUUAUUCAACUGUAAGUCCUUAGGAUGUCUCGAGUUUAUGUAGAACAACAUAUAUAUAGUAAUUCUGUCCAUUAUACCUCAAUUGUAGGAUGUAUGAUGCCUGCUGGAUCUAGAUAGUAUUAGGUCUUACAGGAAGAGAAAAGAUUCUGUAAUUUAUUCAUUUUGAACCAAUUUUGCCAAAUGUAAAUUUUUCUACAUCAAUAGUUGGCACACAUCUGGUAUUUAAUUUCAGCCCUUCUAAAUAAAAACUAUUUGGGGAAGGUAAA